AUUUGAAUUUUCGGUUCGCUUUGGGAUCGCGACCAAUGCUUUUGUGUCGUUGACGAAUACGGCGACGGACCCGUCCAGGACCACGAUGGGGAGUCAAAUCUGACAUGGUCCCUGAGCUCUUCUGUCGGUGGCUACUAUGCGCAGGAGCCCUGAUCUCACGCCAAUGCUUCACUCUCGAAUUACCAUCGCCGAACUCGAUCAGGUCCUACCCACCGCCUUGGACACCCCCCGGCAGCAACACCAAUCCGGUCAACCCUGCAGGCCGGCGCCGACGCCUUGAUACGUAGCGCGUACGAGAGCUCCUUCCAGCUCUUCCGCGGUGCUGCUGGAUUCCAGAGUCCCAUUUCACAUCUCAGAACCCACCAGAACCGAAUAUCAAAGGGCACUGGAAUCUCCAGGUCGAUUUCCGGUUGGACCUGCUCGGAACUAGGACCCGGUAGCCCCACUUGUUCGUGUUAAGGAAGACGGUGCUUGACGUCUCGGCCCAGAGAAAGCGCCGACUUCAAAUCGCGCGACUGUGCAACGACUGAUAGAUCUCGUUCCGGCUACAUGAGCAAUGUGUUCAAGAGGUUGCGGGUCACACAUGACUGACAUGGGUCGUGUUCCGCUGCUGAGUCCUUGGGUCCCCUCGGAUGUGAGGUUCUGGCCACGAUAAUCGCCCCCAGAAGCGAUGUCGUUAUGCGCACAGCAGCCAGGUUGGCCAGCACCUCGAUGACUGCUGCCUGGUGCCACUGGAACACUGCAUUUUCCUACCGUCCCCAAAUUUCAUGCUGUAUCAUGUGGAAACUUUGCAGCAAAAGAGAUUCACUUGCUUGGGUGAGGGGACGGUUCGAUGUGAUGGCUGACCUAGCCCGGCAUAAAUUUAUCGGCCCCAGUCUUCCAGUACUUCAUUUCCGGUCGACCACAGACUCGCAGAGAUCACAAACUCCCUACUCCGAGCCACCUACCUGUUUGCUGUGCGCCGAAGACACGGUAGAGCCUGGUCAAAUCUCCACAAAAGUCUCCCCACAGCCAGGUGUGCUGUCAGUCUGUCUCGAGGGUUCAUUCUGCGCUCAGCCGGCCUGCCCAAGGAAAUGCUGGCCCGAGGAACCGGGAUUUGGGACGAGACGUGAAAUUCUUCACCCCGUGCGGCCGAGCUAUUUCAAGGAAACGGUACCUGGUACUACUUGCUGGUGACACGAAUCGACCGCAGUGAAAAUCUACCAGGUUGCGGUCUUGCCUGCAUACUCGCUUGUCUUGAAAGUGGGUACCAGAUCUGGUUCCUAUUCCGGUCGCAAUUGGUUGAAUUCUGCUGGACUGCUGACUGUUGCAGGAUGCGCCUUACCGAGUCGUCGCAUGCAAUCGAUUUCCUGCCCUACGUACGCUCUUGCUGCAGCCCGGCUAACAGACAGCACGAUGCCUCUCUCAAUAGCCUCUGCGCAAUUUGAAACUGUCAGUCGGAACUCGAUCGUGACUUGGCUUGGUUUCUCUCCACCUCCACGCACACAUCAGUCCAUACCUCUUCCGGAUCGCUGAACAAUCGCAUGAUGCCAGCGGUCAUCGCUGGCUCGUGGCACAAAGGUAACAAUGCCUCGCCCAAAUGCCGCUAGCCAUGCAGGCGUCUGAAAGAAGCCGGCCCUGCAGCACUCAAGAUGCUGCAAAGACCGUUUCGUGGCUGCCAUUCGCCGAGACCAAGAACCGUGAAGGUUCAAUAGACUUUGCCGUGAAGUCUGAUCAAUUUAGUGAACAAAUUGAGCUUCAGGAAGGAAGUUUACCACUCA